CCCUCUUGUCACAUCGACAUCCAUCUAUCCAAAGCUAGACCCUUUAAUAAUCUCCUCCUCAAUGUACAUGAGAAGAGCAUAAUCUGCUAGCUCACAGCAUCUCAUCCAUCUUCAUCCCAUUCCUCAAAUAGUGAUUCAGCAUGCCUUUAGGUUGGGAAAGAAUCAACGCCAAACGAACACAACCAAAUAACAAUAUCGUCUUCAUCAAACCCCUCCCUGGAGAAGAUCAAUCUAAAUCACAAGAAUUUCUCGAACGAAUCGCAGCACAAUGUACCCCUAUAAUGAACAAACAUCAUCUCUCCGUCGCAUCUCUCGAAGAAUAUCCCCCUAACUUAGAAUUCUGGGGUAAGGCUCUACUUUUCUUCCUGGUUCCUUGUGUAAAUGCUAAAUUCGAUAUCUAGGUCGCAACUUUAAUAACGGAGAAGUAGUCCAACUUGUUCUGAAAUCCCCCUCAACGGGAAGAUGGCUACCGUUUCAAUUUGUUCAAAUGGUCAUGAUGCAUGAAUUGGCGCAUUGUAAACAGAUGAAUCAUUCUGGGGCGUUUUGGAAAGUUCGAAAUGAGUAUUCGGCUGAGAUGAAGGGACUUUGGGAGAAGGGGUAUACGGGUGAUGGACUUUGGGGACAGGGGGUAUUGUUGAAAGAUGGUGCAUUUAUGGAAGAUCGGUUGGGUGAAGGGGAGGUAUUGCCGGAACAUUUGUGUGGUGGGACUUUUAGGUCGAGAGGAGGUGGAAAGAAGAGAAAGGCAAAACCGAAGAUUACUUAUAAGGAGCAGAAGGAGAGGAGGAUUAGGAAGAAAUUUGGUGUUAAUGGGUUGGCUUGUGAGUAUCUUGGCAGUCAUGAUUUAUUUCUUCAAAAACUAAUCUAAACAACAGUGGGUGAAGACCUUACCACCAAAAUCGCCCUCGAAAAAGGCAAAAUUAAUCUCUCCAAACCCAAAGUAGCCAACAGCAAGAGAGGAAGAGAUCUUCGCGCGGCAGCAGCAUUGGCUCGCUUCGAGAUAAAGAAACAAGAACCAGAUAUAAAAGAUGAAGAUUUAGUAACCGAUAGCGAAGCAGAAAGUGUCGACGACGAAAUAUACAUUAAGCCUGAACCAGAUGAUGCGCUUGAUCUUGAUGGAAGUAGACUUGUGGAUCAAAAAGGAAGAGGGAUGGUUAAGGUCUGUGAGGAUGAGGGUAGGGAUAAUGAAGAUUCGAAGAGGGAGUUUGAGGAGUUGAGAGGUAUGGAGAGUAUUGAAAGAUACUUUAAACCGGAUGCCAGUGGAUGUUCGAGGGUUAAGCGGGAACCGAAAGAAGAAGUAAUGUCCAAUACAGCUAAGUUAUCAAAAUCACUAAACCACCCUCAAAAUAGAAAUACCAAGGACACCCCAACCCCAAAAACCACCUCAAUCAAAAAAAAACCACCCUCCACUUCCACCUCCUCCCCAUCCAAAACAAAACCAUCUCCACCACAACCAACCUCAUCUACAACCACAGCCCCUUCCUCAUCAACCUCCCUAACCUGCACAAUCUGCUCCUUCGAAAACCCGCCCCUUUCACUCACCUGUACAAUUUGCGCUCAUGUCCUCUAUCCAGAACAUAUACAUGGGUCGUGGAAAUGUACUAGUAUGGGUUGUAAAGAGGGGAUGUAUAUUAAUGCGGGAGAUGUGGUAUUUUGCGGGAUUUGUGGGGUGAGGAGGGGUGUGUGAGGCGGUAUUGGGGAGUUGGUUUGGAAAUUUUGGGUUUUUAUUUUGGUGGGGUGGAAUGGAUUUGUGAGUUCUGUAUGAUUGGGACGAGGUUAUUAAUAUUGGGUUUGGCGUUAGGCGGGUAUGAGAUGAGGUUUUAUAUUGAAUAUGGUAUUUUAGUGAGGAAUAUUUGUUAGUUUUAGGGUGGAGUUAUAUAUGGGUAAACGUUUGUAGGAAGGCUCCUUGCCAUUAUAUCAUCACAGUGUCAAUAUAAUCCAUCCACAAAUCUACUUACAAUUUUCUUCAUUGCCCAAAAAGGUAUACACAUACCCACACCCUUCCCUCCGUCUCUCUUCCCCUUUUCCCUGUCAUCCCCCAC